AUGGCCUAAACCAUUUCGGGCGUUCUCGCGACGCAGGGUGUAGGGCGGGGGGGAGCGAGAGAGAGGGAGUGAGGAUGUCGUGGCAAGCGUACGUCGACGAUCAUCUGAUGUGUGACAUCGACGGCCAGCGUCUCACGGCCGCCGCCAUCCUCGGCCACGAUGGCAGCGUCUGGGCGCAGAGCGAGACCUUCCCCCAGGUCAAACCUGAAGAGAUAUCUGGCAUCAUGAAUGACUUUGCAGAACCUGGACAUCUUGCGCCAACUGGUCUAUACCUUGGCAAUACAAAAUACAUGGUGAUCCAAGGUGAACCAGGGGCUGUGAUACGAGGCAAAAAGGGUUCUGGGGGUGUUACUAUCAAGAAAACCAAUAUGGCUUUGAUUAUAGGCAUUUAUGAUGAGCCAAUGACUCCUGGUCAGUGCAACAUGAUCAUUGAGAGGCUUGGUGAUUAUCUUGUUGAUCAGGGUUUUUAGGUUUGGUAUGUGGUCUUAAAAUUUUUAUACUCUUUUUUGUGUUUGUAAUCCUCAACAUGGACAUACAUUUACAUUGCAUUGCAAUGUUUGCGGUGAACUUUCAGUUUGGAAUGAUGUGGAUUCUUAUUGGAGGAAUCUGGUGAUCGGAUUGUAUGGCUUAUGAUGGGUCUGUGACUCAAAAAAUAGGUGUGAUAUUUAAGAACCUUUGAAUUGGUUAUUCCCUUGAUAUAUAUAUAUAUAUAUAUAUAUACAUAUAUGUAGAUUUGCCUUGUUG